UCGGAUCAGAUCUGGAACUCGGAGGGGCGCACGGCGCCCCUGGGCAUGCCCAGCCCUCUGCUGGGUCCAUCUCCCACCUCUUCCUGGGGACAGGGCCAGGUCUGAGCAGAGAUGACCUUUCCGGGGGCUGCCCUGCCACCACUUCACCUCAAGCACUUUAAAAAGGGAAAAUUAUACUGGGGCAGCAGCGUCUUAUUCUAUUAGUACAUUUUAAUUAGAACGUGAACAAGAGGUGUUGUGAAUAUUCAUGAUUGGGCUAUUUAAAAUGCAUAAUUAACCAGUAGGGGGUUAAUAACUAUUAAUGGCAGCGGUGGGGGAGGGCCCAUCCCUCUUUCUGUCGUGUGGUCUCCAGCAGCGGGGAGGCUGGGGCUGGGUGAGGGGGUUCUUACUAGAAGGGGCAGAGCAGGGCCUGGUUGCCUCUGCCCGAAGCUUGUGGGGCCCAAGUUGGAGGGGUCCCUGGGUGUUGCCCCCAGGAGGAGCGCCUGUCACCCUGCCAGCCCUCGGGGGGUGGGAAGGCCUGGCUUUGGCCUUGGACCUGGCCUCCUGCUCUUGCUCAAGGGUCCUGGCGACUCUGGGGCCCGUGGUGGAUGCCCACGGGGGUGGGGGGCCCAGAGCGGGACGAGCUCGUGGACGGGCACCGGAGAGCGAGGGAAUGACAAGUAAGUGGCUGUGGAGGGAAACGGGGGCUCGGGUGCUGGCCCUUCGCCCAGGGUCACCCCCCUUCACCAGCUGCUCUUGUCCCCAGAGCCCAAGUGGGGACUCGGGACCUUGGGGUGCAGACACCCCAAACCUGGUGGCAAAUGUUAGGUGGAUUUGUGGAGACCAUGGGAGCUCCGUCUGACCCCCUACCCGCCAAGGCAGCCCCCAGCUCCCCAUUGUAAUCACAUUGGAAAUUUUUGAUUAGAAAACAGAAUCUAACCGAGGUAUAUGAAUAUUUAUCAGGCUGGGAGAUUAAUAUGCAUAGUUAUGCAAAUCAGACAGCAAUUAAACACCAACUCUCCAGGGGAAUGAUUAACUCAAAGGCACCAAAAGAGAAGGAUGCAAUUUGAAAGAAGUUUCUGGUACAGAUGCGCAGAGGAGGGCGGGGUGAAGGAUUCUGGCUGGGGUGUUCAGGAUGUCCAGCACGUGGGGGUGGGGUGUGGGGCACGUCCCCUGGCACUGAUGGCAGGGCUGGGCAUGGCCUCUCCGGCCCAGCCUGGCCUGGGCAGCUUUGACUCAGACUCGUACGUGGACGCCCCCAGCCCUGCAAAGUAAGGCGUGUUUGUGGCCCCAUCUGCAGAGGAGGGAAACUGAGGCACAGGUGGGAGGGGCCCGGGGACUGCUCCCAUUCUGCUUGUCCAGGCCCUGAGCCCCGUGGCCCCCGACGGGCUCCGAUGGACGGUGUUGGAGCCCACCUGCCAGGGAAGGGUGCAGGCCCGUGUGCCUGCCUGCUGGGAAGAUCUGGGUCCUGGGCUGGGCCCCUGGGCGAGUGUUCAAGGAGAUAAGGGCCCUGCCCUGCCCACCCUCCAUCCAAGGUCCUUGUCCCCACGGUGGCUAACCCUGCCACACCUGGGCCUCCGGGCCCCGCCUAUCUUAUGGGAUUGGAUUUCUCCUUCCCUGCCCGCCAGCCUGUGCCUGGCAGGUAGUCUGGUAGUCGGUGGCAGCUGCCACUGUUACUUCAACAAAGGGACGGCCCCGCCUCUCAAAUUGGCAGAGAUGGGAAGGGAGAGGCUCCCGCUCUCGCUCUCGGGAUGAGAGACCAUCCCUCAUCCCCAUUCCCUGACGCCUUCAUGAGCCUGGGCCAGAGAGAGGCGCUUGGGCCUGGGGAGGGAAGCCCAGAGUGCGAGUGAGGGCUCCGUCCAGGGUGGGCUGGGGGCUGGACGGGUGGGUAGACGUUUGCCAGCAGCAAUGGCAAGUUUGCUGGCAGCUGGUGGAAUUGUUUCUUGGGCCGUGGACCCGGAGUUCUGCUUAGUGCCGGUGUGUCCGGGGCGCUUGCCGCUGGCAGUGGAGUCGCCGUGGGUAGUGCUAGGGUGGGUGCAUCUGGGACGGGCUCCAGCACCAGGCUGGGUCGGGAGGGGCCUGGAAAGCUUCCCAGGUCGAGUGAGGGCUCCCCGAGGCGAUGUGGCUGGCGUGGAGCGGCCGGGGGCCGGGCCCCUAACCCUGCGUUCCUGCCCUGCAGGUCUCGAGGACCGGCCCAGUUCGGGCUCGUGGGGCGCCGGCGAGCAGAACAGUUCCUCCUUCGACCCCAGCCGGACCUACGGUGAUGGCGCCCACUUCAGUGAGUCCCACGGCACCCUCGCUUCGUCCACAUUCCUGGGACCUGGGCUCGGAGGCAAGGGCGGCGAGCGGGGCGCAUACACCCCCUUUGGGAGAGACGCGGGGGUCGGCAGCCUGACUCAGGCCAGCUUCCUGCCCAGUGAGCUGGCCCUCAGCAGCCCGGGGCCACUGUCCCCCUCGGGCGUCAAAGGCGGGCCCCACUAUUACUCCUACUCCAGUCACCCUCGGCGGAGAGCGGCGGAUGGCGGCCUGGACACGCAGCCCAAGAAAGUCCGGAAGGUGCCACCGGGUCUCCCAUCCUCGGUGUACCCACCCGGCUCAGGUGAUGACUACAGCAGGGACACGGCCGCCUACCCACCCACCAAGACGCCCAGCGGCACCUACCCCGCCUCCUUCUACGUGGCAGACGGCAGCCUGCACCCCUCGGCCGAGCUCUGGAGCCCCCCAGGCCAGGUGGGCUUCGGGCCCAUGCUGGGCGGGGGCUCAUCCCCCCUGCCCCUCCCAGCAGGUGGCGGCAGCUCCGUGGGCGGCAGUGGCAGCGGUGGGUUUGGCGGCCUGCACCAGCACGAGCGCAUGGGCUACCAGCUGCACGGAGCAGAGGUGAACGGCGGGCUCCCGGCUGUGUCCACCUUUUCCUCGGCCCCCACGGGCGCCUACAGCAGCGUCUCCAGCCACACGCCCCCUGUCAGCGGGGCCGACGGCCUCCUGGGCUCCCGUGGAACCACGGCCGGCAGCUCUGGGGACGCCCUUGGGAAGGCGCUGGCCUCGAUCUACUCCCCAGACCAGUCAAGCAAUAACUUCUCAUCCAGCCCCUCCACCCCCGUGGGUUCCCCACAGGGCCUGGCAGGGACGUCACAGUGGCCUCGAGCAGGAGCCCCCGGUGCCUUAUCGCCCAGCUACGAUGGGGGUCUCCACGGCCUGCAGAGCAAGAUGGAGGACCACCUGGACGAGGCCAUCCACGUCCUCCGCAGCCAUGCCGUGGGCACAGCGGGGGAUGUGCACGGACUGCUGCCAGGCCACGGGGCGCUGGCCUCGGGCUUUGCUGGCGCUGUCAUGCCACUGGGAGGGCGGCACGCUGGCCUGGUGGGCGGCAGCCACUCGGAGGACGGCCUCUCUAGUAGCGGCGGCCUCGUGCACAACCACGUGGCCCUCCCCGACCUCUCCCGGCCGCCUGACUCCUACAGCGAUCUCGGGCGCGGCGCCGCCCCGGGGCCCGGCGACAUCAAGCGGGAGGAGCAGGAGGAUGAAGAGAACGUGGCGGCCGACACCGCUGAGGACGAGAAGAAGGACCUCAAGGCCCCGCGUGCCCGGACCAGCCCGGACGAGGACGAGGACGACCUUCUCCCCCCAGAGCAGAAGGCUGAGCGGGAGAAGGAGCGCCGGGUGGCCAAUAACGCGCGGGAGCGGCUGCGGGUCCGAGACAUCAAUGAGGCUUUUAAGGAGCUGGGGCGCAUGUGCCAGCUGCACCUCAACAGUGAGAAGCCCCAGACCAAACUGCUCAUCCUGCACCAGGCCGUGUCGGUCAUCCUGAACCUGGAGCAGCAGGUGCGAGAGCGUAACCUGAACCCCAAAGCGGCCUGCUUGAAGCGCCGAGAAGAGGAGAAGGUGUCCGGCGUGGUCGGAGACGCUCAGAUGGUGCUGUCGGCUGCCCACCCCAGCCUGGGCGAGGCCCACAACCCUGCCGGGCACAUGUGACAGGAACGCCGCCCAGACGAGUGACCCCCACCUUGGUCUAACCUGGGACAGUCACGACGCCAGGCGCCUGGUCCCCACCCCACGCAGCCCGUGGUCAGCCUUGAGCCAACACCGCCCUGGGGGCUCCGGAGGCAAACACCACCGCCAGGUCUCUGGCCUGAUCGAUCCUGAAACUGCGUCUCGGCCCUGCUGCCCAGGCCUGGGCUGCAAGGAGCAUUGUUUCUGUUUUUGGUUAUAUAUACGUUGUCAGACAAGAAAAUGAAUGCCUUAAGUAUAAAACGUGAAGACUCAAACAUACCGUUCACAGGAGGGAAAUGCUGUGCGGAGCCAGCUUGGUCGGCAGCCACCAACCAGCAACUUGUGCCUACACCUGAGAGUUUUUUGUUUUUUUUUGUUUUUUUUAAGAAAAUAAAAGGAACCUUAGUUAUGAGAGAUUUUUUUUUUUAUAAUGUAGAAGAAAAUUAGUAAGAAUGAUGCCUUUGGUCUUUUUUUUUUUUUUUUUAGCUUUUUUUGCGUAUGUUUUAUAAGCAACAAAUUUUUUUGUAUCAAAGUCUCGUGUCUCUUGCUAUUUUUGCUGCUGUUUCUAGAAGUGAGCAUUGCAUUUCAUGAUCAACAAGGUUAUUAAAAGUUGUAUUAAAAAGACCCCAGGACUUCCCUGGUGGUCCAGUGGUUAAGACUCCGCGCUCCCAAUGCAGGGGGCACGGGUUCAAUCCCUGGUCGGGGAGCUAAGAUCCCGUGUGCCACGUGGUGUGGCCAAAAUACUUUAAAAAGACCCCGUGUAAACUUGAGGUUCCCCGCCCCCCC